AUGCCUCAGACGACCCCUUCAACAAGGUGGUGUCCGACACCAGAGCAGCUGAUGAUACUAGAGGAGAUGUACAGGAGUGGGGUGAGAACCCCGAAUGCCUCCCAAAUCCAACAAAUAACAGCACACCUCUCUCUCUACGGCAAGAUAGAGGGCAAAAACGUGUUCUACUGGUUCCAAAACCACAAGGCCAGGGAGCGACAGAAGCUCCGCCGGAGACUUGGCUGGCAACACCAGCUUCUCCACCUGUCUGAGGGUCCUUCCUCUCCCACUCCUCCACUUCACCACCAAACCCCACCCAACUUCCCAUACCAGGGCUGCUUCCAUGAGGUGUCAAGCCAAGGGAUGAACCUGGUGGGCAAGUUGGAGGCCAUCCAAGGCCAGGAAGAAGAGCCGACCGGACGCAAUGUGUUGUAUGCUCAACCAUGUGGCAGCACCGACGGACGUCCUUGUUGCAGGCCUCUCAGGACCCUGGAUCUCUUCCCCACCAAAAGCACCGGCAUGGGAGACGAGUGCAGCUCCUCCAAGUCCUCCGCAUGCUCCACGUCCACCAACUAAGUGCAGCAUCCCCUCUCCGUGCUUGUGAUGUACUCAUGUCUCUCUCCUCUGCACCUUUUACUACCACUUCACUGUUUGCUUUA